AAAAUACCACCUCAUAUGUUCCUUAUUACACAAGCAUUAUUACUACUCUUUUACUUUUCUAACUGAUCGAUUCCUGUUUUUCAGAAUAGCCUUCUCUUCUCCGUACACACUGACGUGGAAUUAUCCAGGGUAAAUCUGACCAAUCAGAUAGCGGAGGAGAGGCAGCACUAGCACGGGGUGACUAACCAGACACACCGGGUCCAGAGAUCCGGCUGCUCAGACCUGUGGUGGUGACAGCACUGCAGCGUCCUAAACCUGAUCUGUCAAACUUCACGUUUAGGGGCACAAGAUGUCAGAAUACGAGCUGGUAAAGAAAAUGCUGACGAUUAUCCUCCAAGCCAACAAGGGUGGAAUGUCACUGUCCCGUCUUCAGUUCGAGUACAAGGAGCUGACCGGCGAACAGAUUCCACAUAAACACAUGGGACACAAUCAUCUGGACUCUCUGCUUGCCAGCAUGCCCUCCGUGGUCCGCGUGGAACCAAGCCGCUCUGGAGAGGUGGUGUAUUUUGCUUCAGUGGACAAAGAGAUGGCCCACAUUGCCCAGGUGAUGGCUCGCCAGCAGGGCUCCAAGAAGACUGGCCGACCCCACCUGGUGAACACCCAAAUGAGGGUCAAACCACCCACCCUGCUCCUCGUAAAUGCAAAACCUCAAAACUCCCUGAGGCAGCCAAGCCAUCGUGGACGAUGCGCGGGCAGAGGUCGAGGUGGCGGCAGUCGAGGGGCGGGCUAUGGAGACUUUAGACAAUCGAGGGAUGUGAGCGAUGGCCAGACGGAUGGGAGGACGAUCCAAUCACCAAAGAUGUCCAAUCAGAGCACACCCUACAGGUCAGAAAAGAGAAUGACAAUCCCAUCGCGAUUUCAGAAGGAGGUACAUUCUCACCUGUCCAGAAAUUCCCAACAAAUCAGCCCACCCUCUCAUAUAAAGGAGAAUUUGGGCGCAAGCAAAGGAAAAGUAUACAACCCUCAGCAGGUCCAGAGCUGUAUCAAGGAGAUCCUGGCUAAGUACAGCAAUGGCUUCUGGGUCUCCAAGCUGCCUCAGAUUUACAAAGAGCUUUAUAAACAAGACCUGCCUCCUGAGACCGUCAAAGACCUGGAGACCUGGACACACAUAUGCACUGUUGAGAGAACUUGCAGCAGUAACCCAUCUGAGCUGCUUCUCUACCCCGCCAAGGAGCAGACCACCGCAUCCCCCUCUUCACUAGUCCUCAACUCAAACCCUACUUCAGCCCCAUCUUCUACCUCCCCAGCAGACAAGACCUCGCAAUCUUCUGUCCAACAGAGACCCCAACUGAGGCGCUCCAGCGCUCACCCUCCUCCAUCAACAUCCUUGUCGUCCCAUAGUCCUCCCUCCUCGCCUUCCACUCUUAGCCCUGAGCUAAAGCUGAAGCUGGAUGAGUUGCUGCAGAAGUAUUCCACCGGCCUCUGGGCACAUGCGUUGCCCCAACUCUUUCAGGACACCUAUAAAACUAAAAUGCCUGAACACGUCCUCGAGAACCUUCACCUCCUCUCAGACAUCUGUACCAUUGACUACCCGAUGCCUGACAACCCCAAGAGGGCCAUCCUUUACAGGAAGAGCAGCACCGGGGGAGGAGGAGAAGACGAGAUCUGUAACAAGAGAGGAUCGUUGGCCAGCGAGGAUGAGCAGAAGGUGCAGGAACCUGAGAGGAGACUCUGUGAUCUCUCAGUACCUUCCCUGCAGAUCCCCAAAGAGGAGUAUCCCUCUGUCUUGGUGGUGGAAGCCACCAACACUAAUGAAGUCGUUCUUAGGUACAUAGGUGAGAGCUACUCACAGGCACAGGAGUCUAUGGAGGAUGAAAUGAGGGAGUUUUAUGGCCUGGACAAGAGAAAGCGGACUCCUUUAUUGUCUCCAUGCCUGGGCCAACUUGUGGCUGUCAGGGCAGAAGAGGAGGAGGAAGUUCUAAGGGCACAAGUCUGCGAGAUCAUGGCAGAUAAGGUUAAGGUGCACUUUGUUGACCAUGGCUUCUCAGAGGUUAUUAGCAAAGCCAAGCUUUUUGAGCUGCAUGAGAAGUUCUUCAAACUCCCUUUCCAGUCAACCAAGUGCAAACUAGCUGGCCUGGAGCCAUUCUGCCAGGAGCCUGCCGUGCUGAAAAAAUUUGAGGCGAUGGCGAGUGGCAGGAUCCUUUUGGCUGAAAUCUUGCAAAGAAGCCCGACCCCUCUGGUGAUCCUGUAUGACACUUCGCAAGAUGACGACGUCAACAUCAACGCAACUUGCAUGAAAGCCCUGCAGGACAAGACACUGACCAGUCCACUACAGGUUAACAGCACUUACAUGAAUAUGACCGUCAGUAGCGUCUGCUCCGACGGCACAAUCUUCUGUCAGCUGCCCUCCAGAGGUCUUGCCAAGCUCAACGAAAUACUGGACAACAUUGAGAAAUACCUUAACUCGCAGGUAACGUCGGAGUUCUUAGUGUCCAGACCAUUUUGCGGCAAAGGAUGUCUGGCUCGAUACAAAGGGAAAUGGUCCCGUAUUGAGAUCACCAAUCUGCAUGGCAGCAGAGUGUUGGACAUCCUCUUUAUUGAUGUGGGAGUCCAGGCUUCCGUGGAGGUGUUUGAACUCAGGGAGAUCCCACAGAAGUUCCUCCGUGACUUCAUGGCCAUUCCACCACAGGCUGUCAAAUGUUGCCUGGCAGGCCUGUCUGUCAGCAUCGGGUCUUGGACUCCAGACACUGUCCAGUGGCUUCGAGAGAAGGUGCUUAACGCCACUGACUGCAGCAUGAAGGUGGCCAAGGUAGAUGAAAGCAAGCAGUGUGUCUACGUUCACCUCUUCACUGAUAAGAACAUCCACGACCCAGCCUGCAGUCUCAACCAUCAGAUGGCAAAGUCUGAUCUGUUUAAACGCCAACCUGAUGUCUUCCUGACAAGCCACAGUCCCGUCAAGCUCUCCACACUCACUGGCCCCGCCAAAACGCAAAACAACACUGACAUCACCAACGGCAAUCCUAAGUCCACUUCGAUACCGGCCAAGACUCACUUUAGAAGGGUUCUGUCAGGUCCCAGUGGAGCCGGCAACGCAACCACCAGCAGCCCAUCUCAGACUGCCCAACCCUCUUGUCCUUCUAUCCAGCUGCCACCACUGCUAGAGCUGCCCCCUGCAGGAAACAACAUGGAUGUGUAUGUGUCGGUGGCGUGUCAUCCAGGCCAUUUUGUGCUGCAGCCCUGGAGGGACAUGUACAAACUGGUGGCGAUGAUGGAGGAGAUGAUCCUCUUUUACAACCAAACUGAUGAAACACCUCUAAAACUGGAGAAGAAUCAGAUAUACGCUGCUAAAGUGGCGAAAGACUGGUAUCGUGUUUUAGUGAAGGGUGUUCUCACCAACGGGCAGGUUUCUGUGUACGAGUUGGACUAUGGUAAGCAUGAGCUGGUCAACUGCAAGCAGCUCAGGGUUCUGAACAGGGAGUUCAGACAGCUGCCCUUCCAAGGAGUCACUGCUCAGUUGGCUGGAGUGAAGACAAGGCAGUGGUCUGAGGAAGCCUGCAUUGUCUUCAGGAACCACGUGGAAAAGAAGCCCCUCGUGGCCCAGCUGGAGGCUGUGCAGGACGUUGCGAACGCAUGGGACAGGAAGUUGACGGUCUUCCUGGUCGAUACCUCGCAGGAAGAAAGAGACAUCUGGGUGCAUGACAUCAUGGCAGUGUUUACUGAUGAACUUGUCGGAGACAUGUAGAUGUAUCCUAAGAUUGUGGACAAUCUUACCAUUAUUAGGUUGGCUCUCUAAUAGACACAUGAACGUUCUUACAACUUAAACAUUUCAGGGGACUGAAGGACCAAAAGUUGGAGAGCAAUGAACAAAACGGGUUUAGUGGAAAAUAUUGACAUUGUGGCGCCUUGCUGAUUAUAUUGGAAUGUGAUUUGAGUGACUGCAGUGCCACAAUAACAAUGUAACACGAUGUUGAGCUGUUUAGCUCAAGUUAACAAUCCAGUGACUGUUAUUUGCAUCUCAAGAAGCAUCCAGUUUGGCUGUGUCACUCAAGUAGACGAUAACAUGCACACGCCUGGUGAACAACUGACUUACUAAAGCAUGCAUGCAUUUCUUUCCAAGUAUGUGCGUAUACCAUUUAAAGUGAAUGAUAAACUUAAGCAUGUAGAUUUAUGAAAGUACACUCCACAUUGUGUCCCUUUUGGACUUUCUACUUUAUGUUCAAGACUCAAAGAUCUGAGCUGCACAAACAGACCAGGAAUUAAUUUAUUAUUGAAGCUAUAUAACACUAUUUGCAUUUAACAUGGUGUUGACAGAUUUUUAAUAAAGGUAAUGACAAAAGGUGA